GAAUGGCUGCCUUGAGAACUGGAGCUGAGCUGGUGUAUGUUUUUACAGCUGAAGAAGCAGCUCUUCCCAUCAAAUCCUACAGCCCAGAGCUCAUGGUGACGCCUGUCUACAGUGCUAAGAGCAUAGACAGCGUCGACAAAUCGCAUGCUUUGGCCCAGAAGGUGAAGUCCAUGCUGCAUCGACUGCACGCCUUGGUGCUGGGCUGUGGCCUCGGCAAAGACGACCAGGUGCUGCAGGCUGCCUUGGACAUCUGCCAGGCCGCCGCUGGACAAGGCUUGCCUGUGGUUCUGGAUGCAGACGGCUUAGAGAUGGCCAUUCGCUGGCCGGAAGCGCUGCAGGGAAUGGACCGGACCCUACUGACGCCGAAUGCCAAUGAGUUUCGGCGCCUCUGUGAGGCAACAGGCAUUCAAGGUGAAGGUCAUAGCCAGCUGGUGAAGCUUUGUGAAAAGCUUGAUGGUCCGGCAGUGCUGUUGAAAGGACCCGAGGAUUUAGUCGCAGAUGCUUCUGGCAGGGUGGAGUGUUGCUCCGUGCAAGGCACUCCUCGGCGGAGCGGAGGCUAUGGGGAUGUGCUAGCCGGAACACUCGGGACACUACUGGCAUGGUCAAGGAACAAGGUCGUGGAAGGUGACUUGCCUAUGGUAGCUGCUGGUUGUGCUGCCUGCGAACUGGUUCGCUGCAGUUGCCGUGCGGCCUUUGCUAGAAAAGCUAGGGCGAUGACGGCGCCAGACGUUUUAGACGAGAUUGGGCCUGUGUUUGAAGAGCUUUGCCCGUGUGGCCUUUGACAUUUUCUCAGCCCGCAAUGUGCCAGAGGAGACUAAAA